AAUGAGACGAGUCGUCGGCCUCUUGACAGUCGUGUGUCCGAUGCAAAGUCGAUCGUGAACGCGUGCUGGUUUGUGUAUCGAUUCCGUCCAGUUUGGCCCGUUUGGGGUCUGAAAAAGACGAAAAACCACUCGAUCGUCGCCAGCAGCUAAAAUGGACUAUGAGGACGACGCCCAUUUCUGUCUGAAAUGUCACUCGACCAUCAUGGGCCUGGACAACUACGUGACGCACCGCAAGAGCGCCGCCUGCCGGAAGCUGCACCCCGACCCGUCAAAGUCGCCGCUGGAAGAAGUGGAGGAGGAAAUCGGGCUUAAAGCCGACGACUUCUUCUCGUCGCUGGAGCUGCGCAGCAGCAGCUCCGUCAAACCAGUGGUGUCCGCGUCGGGGAAGGGGUUCAGCGGCAUUCUGACGCGCAGCAAGUACAGUGCGGCGCUGCAAGCGUCCACAUCAAAGGAGCCGGUGGAGUCCAAGUCCGGGAAGAACGUGUGGAUCGGCGGCAACCAGCUGAAGGACUUGGGCACGGGCGACAACCAGUCCAAGCUGAUCAAGGCGGUGGCCAAUCUGGAGCGGCGCAAAGACGCCGCCCCUGCCGAUUCCCCGCCCCGGAUAGCUGGAGCGGCUGUUUAUGAGGACUCUGAUGACGACUCCGAGGUGUUCGACUACGAGGAGGACGAAACGUCGGACGAGGACCAGCCGCCCCAGGGCCACACGGGCGGCAAAUGGAAGCCCAGCUCGCCAGUGCCGUGGCAGGCCCCCAGCUCCCCAGGGGGCGGCAAGCGCCCCACCUGCCCCCCGCCCACCUACACCAAGGGCAAGUGGAAGCCCGCUGAAGAGGAGGCUGUGGCCCCGCCCACGGCGGGCGGCAAGUUCGCCCCCACCUCGCCCUCGCCAACUCCAGGGCCGGAGGCGAAGAAGAGGCGGCCCAAGGGGGCGGUCAAGCCGCUCAAGUCGCCCACUGGCAGGCGGCAGUUCUGGUGCCGCCCCUGCAACCGCUCGCUGGCCUCCAAGGUGGUGUUCCAGCGCCAUCUGCGCUCGGGGCUGCACCACAAGCGCUCGAAGGCGCAGCCCCUACCAGCCCCUGCCCUCCCAGAGGCCGCGCCCCCAUCGUCUAAACGGCCCCGCCUCCACACGUGCGCAGUGUGUCGCGCCAAAGUGAAAAAGCCCCUGAUGGGCAAGCACUUGAUCUCCCACUACCACUUCAGUAGGGGGGACAUUUCGUCGCCAGCCAAUCGGCAGCUGGUGCUCGACAACAUCCUGGGCGUGGUCCUCGAGAGCCCCUUCCAGUGCAACAUGUGCAAGUUCUACUGCAACACCUUGGGCCAGUUCGUCGCCCAUUGGCGCAGUGGGGCGCACCUGGCCGAGGAGCUGAAGCGCCCAGACGGACACUUCCUGUGCGACUUCUGCCGCCACAAGGCGCCCUCCUCCGAGCAGAUGCUCAGCCACUUGGAGUCGGCCGAACACCUGGAGGUGGCGCAAGCCAUCAACCGAUCGGUGCCGAUCUGCAUUCGGCGCCUCCAGGAAAUCCCGUGCUCGGUCUGUUGGCAGCGCUUCGUGCUCAAUCGGCAGCUUCUAACCCACUCUCGGCUGCACCACCCCGACCCGAUGGGGGAUGAGGUGCACCAGUGCGGGCGGUGCCCCAAGGUGCUCGGCUCCGCCAUCUCGCUGCAGCAGCACCUGCGCAGGGCGCACCAGGAGCCCUCCUAUUUCUGCAACACUUGCGCCAUGCGCUUCAAAAGUGGGGAGGAGGCGCGCAAGCAUCGCCUGUCCAUCCAGCACAGAUACGCGCGCCUGGACCUGGCCAAGGACGGGCGCCAGCGGCGCCGCUGCCAGCACUGCGGGGACAUGUUCCAGAACUUCCUCCUGCUGAAGGAGCACCUGGGGCUGCGCCACCCCGAGCACAAAAUUCGGUGCCCCCAGUGCGGCGCCCAGUUCAUCAUCCCGCAGGAGCUGACCAACCACCUGAAGAACUGCACGUUCCCCACGGGGGAGCCGUCCCAGAGCAGCAGCUUCAGUUGCGACCGCUGCGCCUACUCCUCCAACUCCUCCGCCGAGCUGCUCUUCCACGUGGCGCUCCAUAAGGCCCCCGACCCCAGCACCAGGCCCAAACUGAAGUGUCCCUUAUGCGAGCGGCUGUUCCCCAGAAACUCCCUGCAGGCGCAUCUGCGCAUCCACACGCAGGAGCGGCCGUACGAGUGCAAGGUUUGCUAUGCGCGCUUUGCGCGCAAGAGCAACCUGCAGAACCACCAGAAGAACCACGAAAGGGUGCAGGCCGCCCCCCGGAAAGCCGCCACUGACCCGGACGAUCGCGCCUUCCUCUGCUCGACGUGCGGCACUGGAUUCAACCGACGCUUCACCCUCCAACAGCACAUGCUGAUCCACAGCGGCAAGAUCAACCGCUGCCCAGAACCGGGAUGCUCGUAUAUCGCUCGCAAAAAGUACGAACUGGAUGAACACCAGCGCAUCCAUAGUAGCGAGCGGCUGUAUGGGUGCGACCUUUGCGAGUACCGCAGCAAAACCAAAAAGCUUCUCAGACGGCACAUAGACGUGCAUGAGGGCGUGGCCGGCAGGCGGUACCACUGCAGCGUGUGCUCCUUCACAACGCGCAUCUCCGGCAACCUGCGCAGACACGCCCGCCUCCACACGGGGGCGAAGCCCUACCAGUGCCCCUACUGCAAGUUCAAGUGCAACAACAUGGGCAAUCUGCGCAGACACGUGCUCAGCACCAGCAAGCACCCGGGCAAGUGCGUGUACGAGUGCAGGUUCUGCGAGGGGGCGCCCCCGUUCCAGACCAACGUUGCCAAACUGUUCAACGUCCAUUUGACCUGCAUUCAUGCCGACCAGUUCAGCGACGGCCCGAAGGCCGCCAGCUACAUCAGCGGCAUUUACGAGGCGCAAGAGGACAACACCAUCCUGAUGGAGGUGGACAAUGCGGACGAUCCACCGGAAGAAGCCAGCGACAGAUUUACCACGAACGAGGACCCAGUGGUGGCUGUGCCAGCACUGGCAGACGCCCCCAGCCAGGAUCUGCCACUGUUUGUGGUGCCAGAGAAUGCAGCGUUGGCGCCCUGGAGCCUGAUCGGGCGCUAUGACGUCGAGGAAUCCGGCAUUUUGGUGCCGUUCCAGAACAGCGACGAGGACGACCUGUUCCAGGAGCCGUUCUAACCCCAAAAACAAAGGGGGCGUGGCCUUGAUAAAUCGCCCGUCAGAUAGCGUGUCAGUCGGCCAUCAAUCACUCAGCAGGCGGCGCAAGAUGGCGGCUUGACAGCGCGCUAAAUCAUCGGGCAACCCGGCAAUCAUUCGCUAUAAAUAGUGCGCGGCCUACUUCGUUCUCAUCAAUGCUGAUUGAUUUUUUUGAUUAGCGCACUCUUCGAUGCAGGGGCGCGCCCAUUAUUCUCCACCUGACGGGCCAAUUAAAUCGACCCAUCGGCCAUAAAUUGUUGGAUGGCUGGCGGGCAGCCAUGCUUUUGAGACGGAUUUGUCAUUGUCAUUGUCAGUGUCAGUUGAUGAGUGUGUGUGGUAGGUAUGACGUCACGCAGUGACCAAGUGCAGAGCCACGCCCCAAAAAAAAAUUUUAUUUGUAAAAAACGGCCGAUGUCUGACCGGCCGAAUUAAUAAACCGUCAAAUCGGCCCCGUGAAGGCAAACGAGGUAUCAUACCGUACCAGCAGCCAGCCACUAGAGACGCUCACAAAGACAAUAAAUAACCACUUUGGACGUGUGAUUAAUGUCAACGAAAUAAAUAAUGUUGGAUCUUUGGAAA